AUGGUCCGAGCUGCUAUUUUCAGGAAUUCCUUAAUAUUGGCGGCACCGGUUUUUGCCAGUAUCAGUUAUCCUCCCAUUCCGGAGGACUUGACAACACCAUUCCAGGUGCGCUUGGCGGUCAAUGGAAAAAAUGCUGUCGCAAUUGGAUGGAAUACAUAUGAAGCAUUAAGCGAGAGCUGUGUGGCAUAUGGUACCUUAGCGGACAACUUGAGCUCUCGCUCAUGCUCGUCCUCUUCGGUCACCUACAGCACCUCCCGCACCUGGUCUAAUAUGGUAGUGCUAAACAACUUGGGCCCAGCGACCGUGUACUACUACAAAAUCAUCUCGGCGAACUCGAGCGUAGAACCUUUGCUUAGUCCGCGGAUUCCCGGAGACAAGACCCCCUUCAACAUGAAUGUCGUGUCAGACUUGGGCGUUUACGGCAAAAAUGGGUUCGCAGUCUCGAGAAGCGACGUAAUCCCCUACGUCCAGCCCGAAUUGAACCACAGCACUAUUGGCCGUCUUGCCAAAACACUACAGGACUACGAAGUCGUCAUCCACCCGGGCGACUUCGCAUACGCAGACGACUGGUACCUUAAGCUGCCAAGUGUGCAAAAGGGUGAAGAGGCCUACCAGUCGAUUUUAGAAAGAUUUUAUGAACAACUUGCGCCAAUAACUGGACGUAAGAUCUACAUGGUCAGCCCAGGUAACCAUGAAGCGGACUGCAGUCAGAUUCGGCGUCUCCUUAAACUGUGCCCUGAGGGCCAGGAGAACUUCACUGAUUUCAAGCACCACUUUGAAAAAAUCAUGCCGCAUCCAUUCACUUCGUCUUCAUCGAACAAGUUCGCUCAGACCCAGUCUGACAAAGCGCGCAGCUUCGCGAGGCCACCUUUUUGGUAUUCUUUUGAAUAUGGCAUGGCACACGUGGUAAUGAUCAACACAGAAACCGAUUUCCCUAAAGCCCCAGAUGCGAAUCUGGAAAGUGGACCAUUUGGCACCAACGGUGAGCAGCUAAAGUUUCUGGAGACCGAUUUGUCCAGCGUGGACAGGAGAGUGACCCCAUGGGUCAUUGUGGCUGGUCAUCGUCCGUGGUAUAGCACCGAAUCUAUGCAUCGUUGUAAAGCGUGCCAAGAUGCAUUCGAAGAACUGUUUUAUAAGUAUUGUGUCGAUUUAGCCGUAUUUGGACAUGUGCACAACUCACAGAGAUUGCUGCCUGUUUUCAAAGGGAAAGCUGAUCCACGCGGCAUGCAUAACCCCAAAGCCCCUAUGUAUAUUAUUUGUGGUGGUGCUGGUAACAUUGAGGGCCUGAUUCCUAUUCGUCAUAAGCCUUCUUACACCAAGUUUGCUUACGCCGAGGAGUACAGCUACAGCACGCUGAAGUUUCUGGAUGAUAAGCACCUCCAGAUUGAUUUCAUUCGCUCAUCAAACGGCGACGUUCUGGACUCUAGCACAUUGUACAGAAGUCAUUCCAUUCCAUUUGUCAGUCAGUAA